GAGUAGGUAGGUGGGGUCGCGUCUUUGCUCCCGACCGAAGGUAAAGAAGCUCAGAGCGGCGCGGAGAGAGAGACCGGAGAGGAACUUGUUUCUGGAGGAAGACGCACGGAUAACUCGAGCGUAGCGAGCGGCGCAUGGUUGUCCCGACAUGCUCCCUGAUAUCCGCCUCCCCCUCUUAACUCUCCUGCUUCUUCAAGUUCAGGAGGGCGCCUCCGUGCAGGAGAUCCACACCAGCCAUGACAACAUUUUAAAGAUCAACUCAGCGGGAGAAAUGAUGCAGUGCUCUGCAGCCGUGGACGUCCUCUUCCUCAUGGACGGCUCCUACAGCGUUGGGAAGGGCAGCUUUGAGAGGUCCAAACACUACGCCAUCAAACUCUGUCAGGCUCUAGACGUCGGACCGGAUAAGGUGCGAGUCGGCGUCAUUCAGUUCGGCUCCACUCCCCGGCUGGAGUUUUCCCUGGACUCGUGCUCCACCAAACAAGAGCUGAAGAAACGCAUGAAGAAGGUUUCCUACAGGGGGGGCGGCACCCAGACGGGCCUGGCUCUUAAAUACGUCCUGAGGAAGGGUUUCCCGGGCGGCCGCAACUCGUCCGGCGUGGCGCACAUCGCCAUCCUUCUGUCGGACGGGAAGUCUCAGGGCAACGUGGUGCAGGCGGCCGCCCAGCUCAAAGAGGCCGGCGUCGUCCUGUUCGCCGUGGGCCUGCGCUACCCCAAGUGGGAGGAGCUGCACGCCGUGGCCAGCGAGCCGACGGAGAGCCACGUCUUCUUCGCCGAGCAUUUCCACGACGCCGUCAACGGCCUGUACACCACGCUGAGCACCUUCUCCGUCUGCGGGGCCACACCCCCAGGCUGUCAGGUGGAGUCGUUCCCGUGUGAGAGGAAGACGCUGGAGACGGUGAAAGAGCUGCAGGGGAAUUUCAUGUGUUGGAAAGGCUCCAAAGGGUAUUCCCCCUACACGUCUCUGUGUCCCUACUACAGGUACAACAAGGUUUACAAGCGCCACUUGACCGUCUGCCACAGGACCAUCUGUCCGGAUCCCUGUGACUCUCAGCCGUGUCUGAACGGAGGAACCUGCGUAUCAGAAGGUGCAGAGAGCUACCGCUGCGUAUGUCCGCCCGGCUAUGGAGAAGACCCACACUGUGCCGCGGCCUUGUCUCUGGACUGCUCUGUGGACCUGCUCUUCCUGCUGGAGGGCUCGACCACGCUGAGCUUGGAAGGCUUCCUCCGACUCAAGUCCUUCUUGAAGCGCUUCCUGCAGACCGUCAUCGGCUCCGACAGCCCCAGCAAAGUCGGGCUAGCCGUGUUCGGAGGCGAGACGCGAGUCGAGGCCCAGGUUGGGAAGUUCAGAGGGAACCUGAGGGGUCUUCUGAAGGCCGUGGACGCCCUGCAGCAGGUCGGCGGCGAGACCCUGACGGGCCAGGCCCUCCGCUACGUCACCCGCCACGGCUUUGUGAGCGCGCCGGUCUACGCCGACGUCACGGACGACCUCCCCCGCGUGGUGGUGCUGCUCACUGCCACCCCGGCCGCCGACGAGGUGGUGGAGCCGUCCAAGUACGCACGGGAUAGAGAGAUCUUCCUCAUAGGAGUGGGACCGGACGGCUUGAAGGGGCAGCUGAAUAACAUCACAGGAAACCCCCAGAGGACGCUCACCUACACGUCACCGGACAGACUCACUGCCAAGAUCCCGGAGCUCAAGGCCAAGAUCUGCAGCGUGGAUACGCAAGGUUGCCUGGGUCAGGCUGUAGACCUGGUGUUCGCCCUGGACGCCUCAGGCGCCGUCGGCCGCGACAACUUUGGCACCCUGCAGGACUUCGUGCGCAGCAUCACCGUCCAGUUCGACAUCAACCGCGACGUGGCCCAAGUGGCCCUCGUGACCUACAGCCGGCGAGCCACCACCGUCUUCAGCCUGGACACCCACGAGACGGGCUCCGCCAUCCUCAAGGCCGUGGGCGAGGCCGACUACGCGGGCGGGGUGGCGUCGACCGGCGCCGCUCUGCUCCACGUCCACUCCAGCGUCCUGACGGUGGCGAACGGCGCGCGGCCCGGGGUCAACAAGGCCGUGGUGGUGGUGACGGACGGCUCGGGCGGGGACGACGCCGUGGUGCCGGCUCAGAGGCUCAGAGACAACGGGGUCUCGGUCUUUGUGAUCGGCAUCGGAGACGUGCAGCAGGACAGGCUGAUGCAGAUCGCCGGUUCGGAGGAGCACAUGAUCUCGGUGCCGUCCUACGAGGACCUCAAGUACUUUGAGGAUGUUCUGGUGCAGAUGCUGUGUUCAGAGGUGAAGAAGCCGGUAAACCUGUGCAAACCCAACCCAUGUAUGAAUGACGGCGUCUGCAUCAUGUCAGGAGGGAGCUUCCGCUGCCAGUGCCAAGGCUACGAGGGACCUCACUGUGAAACGAGAAGCGGCAGGGGGUCGUCCAGAGGGGACCUCCCGAGACCCGCCGGUCUGAGGAAGAAGAGCAGACAGAGGAAGAGCCACCAGGAGCUGCUGCAUCACUACAAACAGCACCGCCGGAGACACGCCCCCAACCACACGAGUUUCACACAGAAACAUAUAUGAACUAUUAUGGACCGAGGAUGUUUGCAGGUCCACAGCAGACUAAAUGGAAAGUGAGUAAGCAGCGUUCAGUUUGUGUCUCUGCUGCUGCUGCUGCUUUGUCCAUUUUUGUCGUUUGCUCCUGUGUUCACUGGUUUGUGGUUUGACUAUUCAAGGAUGUAAACUUUUAUGUUACAGUGUGUAUCUGUGUCAUUGUUUUCUAUUAUUAUUUUUUAAAUGUAUAAUCGGUGCAUCUUUCUUUCUUAAUACAACCAAGAAAAAUACCUUCUAGAGCUGCACAUUUUAAAUAUUUUUUUCUAUGUUUUACAAUUAAAUUAAUUUAAUUGAUUUAA